GUUGCACUAACGCUUCUCGGUGGUCUCGCGUGUUUCUUUCGGACUCGGAUUUUAGCGUGUUUAAAAAUUCGCGUGCGCCUUAUUCGUGUGUGUGUGUGCGUGCGUGUGUAAGUUGUUCAUAGACGACGGAACCGUGUGCCAGGGUUUUGUCCCCGCGUGCAAUUGUGUUUUACAUCGCGUGAGUGUGAGAGUUUUUUGUUGUGUGUGUUUUUUUUUGUUUUGGUGUUGUGUUGUGCUGUUUUUUGGCGCAGCACGGCUUUUUCCACCUCAUGCUCGAGGGGGUCGCUCGUGAUGUUGAUGGUUUGAUUCUGACAAUUUUCCCGUCGUUACAAGCAGAGCAGGGAAAUUCUUCUAGUGCAGUUUAGUGUACCAAACGAAUUAAAAAACCAAGGCAAACACAAAUAAAUAGAACCUGUUGUUUGCAUAGUUUCUUAUCUUGCCAAGGAUAAUAACGUAAACCACAUGCGGUCAUUACGGUUUAAAGUGCGUUAAGAGUGUUUGUGUGAAAAAGUACAGAGCCUGUUCGCUAUGCUGUGUGUUAUCAACAUCGCUUAUCAACUCGUAUAUCUGUUAAGCAAACAUCGCAAUGUUGUCAAUGUGUUUCUGGGGGAAAAAUCGAAUUACUCUGUGUGUAAUAUGUGUUAAAAUAUUAUAAAAUUUUGGUAUCCAAUCGGUGCUGCAAUCAAUUAGUUUGUAGGAAGAUGGAUGAUUCGAUAUGCAAGCAUGAUCUUAAGUGCGUAAUAUUUAUCUCACCGUGUAUGAAUGGUGAUCGCAAUUUCUAAGGCGAAAUCAGAAAAACAAUUUCAUCAAAAACUGCUCAGUGCAUUGGAUUAUUACGAUUAUCCCGAUAAGAGUUUCAAAAGCACACAGACCACUCCACUUUCUUCUGCUCUCUCGCCCCACCGUUCGCACGUCUUGCAUCCGCUUUCGCUUACGAUGGACAUCAAGUCCCUGUCCGAGGUGCAGAAGCAGAUCUUCACGAAUCUGAUCGAGAAGUUGAUCGCACGCAAUAAGUUCCCGCCGAGCGAAGCCGAGGACGUGCAGAAGCUGUUGGAGAACGUGCGCGAUGCGAAAAAUUUCCACAAAAUCAUGGAAAAGCUAAAGGAAUGCGGUCAGCUGGACGUCGACAUCGAGGAAAACUUCCGCGAAGAGAAUGGCAUUUUUCUAAAAGAUACGGCGAAAAAACUCGGACCCGGCGGCCAAACGCUCACACCGCGCCACACGAUCGACGCAAUAUUAGGUUUGAAUAAUUGUGACAACGGAGGCGACUCUAGCGAUGCAACCGAUCUGAGCGCAUCACCUCUGAGCCAGAUCAAGCUGUGCGAUCAGCAGCAAAUGAUGGCGAAAGCACAGCUGCCCGUCACGUACGGUCUCGGUAGUCCCUCGAGUCCGGACAAGUAUCAGCAACAGUUAGCCAAUUACCAGAGCCACAUCAAGUCGCUGGACCUUGUGGCGGCCGCUUCCCUCGAUGCGUCCUCACCCCAGAGCGCGCUCCAUCAUCAGCUACCGUCCCACCAUCACCUGCACCAUCAUCACAGCCACCAACAGCACCCGUCGGCCGUACCUCACCUGCAUCAGCAUCCCGCCCAUCAUCCGCAUCAUGCGCACAAUCACCUUCAGCAGCAUUUGCAUCAGCAGCAGCCACAGCAGCAUCUGACCCAUCCCCACCAAUUGCCUUCGCCGACGCAUCAGUCACAGCACCAGCUCACACUGCACCAUGGGCAGCAUCCAGGUGCCCUCGGUCAGCAGCCACCGUCCCAUCCGUCCCUGGCCGAGCUCGAGUACAUGAAAACGCUCAAGGAGACGAACAAAUACUUCAUCGAUCGUAACUACCGUGCCGCCUCGUUGAGUUACGGCGGUGGACGCAGUGGUCCGGAUGGUCCCCCGGAAGAUGGAACAGGCUCCUCGGUGGGAGGUGCAACUGGUGGUGGUAAUGGUGGUGGAGAAUACGAGGAGGAUCUUUCCUCCCCAACCAGUGCAGGUAGUGGCAAUGGAAGCGGUAGUCUCAAGCGCAAAUACGAUCGUACGAGAGAUGGCGAAGAUCGAUCGGGCGGAAAUGGUGACGCUGGUGGUGGUGGCGUCCUGCUGCCGGCGGACGGCUCCGAAAGCAAUCCGACGUCCGACAGCUCCAUUAACAAAUAUAAUAAGCUGCAUGAGUCAGCCGAUAAAUCAAUUAGGGCUAAUAGUUUCGAUUAUAUGAAAAAUUUCGACGAGCUCCGUGCCCGACAGGCUGCGGCCUACGAAGCGGAACAGCAACAUCAUCAUCAUCAUCAUCAUCAGCAACAGCAGCAACAGCAGCAGCAUCACCACCAACAGCUUCAGGUUCUUCACCAGCAGCAACAGACACAACAACACCUUUCGCAAUCACAACAUCCGCAACAGACAUCACCGUCGUCGGGGCAGCUCGGUUCCUCGGCCGGUGGCAAUCCGGGGACGGAAGAGUACAACCCUCACCGACAGUCGACGGAUAGUGGGGCGGACAAGGGUGCCGAUGAUGGUGGUGUGAGUUACGCGUCUAGUGAAGAGCUCAACCAAACGACGUCUAGUGAGCAGGGCGAAAAAGUGGGCUCCGGCAGUGAUGAUGAAGGAGGUGAUGAUAACUGUUCGAAAAAGAAGCAUCGACGAAAUCGGACCACAUUUACCACCUAUCAGCUGCACGAGUUGGAACGAGCCUUCGAAAAGAGCCACUAUCCUGAUGUCUACUCGCGCGAGGAGUUGGCGAUGAAAGUCAAUUUGCCGGAAGUACGAGUACAGGUUUGGUUUCAAAAUCGUCGCGCAAAAUGGCGCCGGCAGGAGAAGUCGGAAAGCCUGAGGCUAGGGUUGUCCCACUUCUCGCAGCUUCCCCAUCGGUUGUCCUGCAAUGGUGGUAAUCUUCCGGUCGAUCCUUGGCUGUCUCCACCGCUGCUAUCGGCACUACCAGGGUUCCUGUCGCACCCGCAAGGAGUCUACCCGAGCUACUUGACACCCCCACUCAGCCUCAACCCGUCCAAUCUCGGCAUGACUAAUCUCGGCCUGGGACACCCGAACGGGCCCCAGAAUCUACGCAUCUCUCCCCAAAGUAUGGCGGCCAUGUCUCCUCAGAUGACACCCGGCAGCAUGCGCCUAUCGCCUCCGCACGUUAACGGAUCGCUUGGCGGUCCACAGAACCUGUCGAUGCCGCAUCAAUCCCAACCGGGACCACACGGUCCGCAACCUCCGACACCUCGUCAUUCACCCCUGGAAGGGCCCAUGGGAAGUUUGGCCGGAUCACAACCUCCACCGUUACCACCCACCGCCGGAUCAACUCCCAUUACCAUACCGAUUUCUUCACCGCAAAACCUCUCGCUAACACCACCGGGGUUACGCUCUCCACCGCCCGGUGCCACGACAGCCGGCUCUCAAGUCCAUCUGGGCCAAUCGCUCAGCCCGAACUCACCCUCACCGACGGGAUUAAAGAUUGCCAAACUGACCCCGAUCGAUCCCGGUUCAGAAAGCGAUACUCCCGCCACAGCCGAUACGUCCAAAGCGGCACCGACAACGACAACGUCGACUACAGCUCUCAACAUGACCGUAAAUCAUCAUCACUCAACGGAUAUGCGCACCAAUUCGAUCGCGACGCUGCGCAUCAAAGCUAAGGAACAUCUGGAAAACUUAAGCAAAGGCAUGACCACGAUGGUGUAAUACAUGGCUUCACCUACCAAUGAUGUGUGUGUAAGUGUGUUCUUGUACAAAAUGUAAGGUAAAUCUGCAGACGGAAUCGUAACUUAAUAAAUAUGUCCACAACUCGUACCGUAUAAGCUAGAGUAAAGUAGGAAAACUCGAAGAAAAAAAAAACAGUAAACUAACAUUGUGAUCAGGAGCAGGUGUUUUGUUUGUAAAUAAAUGUAACCAAGAAGCAGGACGAUUUAGGUCGAAAGAAAUUAUCCUUCGUUAAAAGAUUGUCGCAGAAGUCCCGCAAAGCUUGAAACGAUAAAGCAAAACAAUCUAACACUCCGCAAGCAUAAAGAGGCAAAGAAGGGAGAGAACGCCGACUCGUUCGUUGUAAAUAUGUUUAAUUUUUAGUACAGGGCGCAAUCGAAAUUUUCACCACGAAUAGCAGCAUCCCGAUAGGCUUAAAUUAAUGUAGACAAUUUUAUGAACACGCACACCAAGGCAAUGCAGCAAUUAUGCAAGCGCCCCAUAUCAAGGCCGAGAGGGUGACUGGCUGCUUUUUCAAAACCAGCUGUUUGAGGGGUAAAAUAAAACAAACAAACAAACAAACAAACAAACAAACAAAAAAACAAUAAAAGGAAGGAAUUGUUUGCUUUUUUCGAAAAUCAGCCAGCAAUCAAUGCCACAAUUCAAAUGGGAGCAGAAAA